AUGUCACAUAACUGUUUUUAUCAUUCGUAUCAUUUACAUGCUGUCUUGCCGGAAGAUCAAUCACAAAGAAAGCAUACGAGUUCCGAAAAUGCGGAUCACGAUAAAAAGUCUAAUAAAUCAUAUAAGGAACUUUGGGAGAUUAUCUCUAUACAGCAUCCCGAACAUGAUUUCCUAAUUACAGGAAAUCCAGGAACUAGCAAAACCUUUUUCAAUCUUUUUUUAUUGUGCAUACUUAUUGGAAAUGGUAAAACGGUGGUCUUUCAGAAUCCUGAUCAAAAAACUUGUUACAAAUUCAGCGACGGGACUGAGGAGUGUACCUCAACACGAUUAUGUUACCUAGUUAGACUGUUAGAUAGGCAGAUAUCAGUACAGCAAGAACAGAAUGCAGAUGAUGAGACGUUUAUGAGACGUGGAGACUCGGGUUGCACAUGGUUCGAUCAAGAAGGGAAAAUCAUAGCUUUGGGUCAUGGUGUACUCCCCAAACACAAAGAAUACGAAAAAGGAAAGUUAAUUGAUACAAGGAUUAUUCCGACAUGGGAUUUAGAAGAACUGGAAGCCCUCCAUCAACAUAUUUAUAUUAACACAGACUUUACUAAGUUGAGAAAAUUUUACGCUUUAUGA